AUGUUGCCAGACACUGUCGUUCCAGCAGAGAUACGUAGAGAAACCUCUUGCACUUGUGAUGCUGAAGCGUUCAACGCGACGACAAGAGAUAUGAGCGCUGUGUCCCAAGUACCUGAGGUCUUGGCGACUGCAUUGCCCGUGGCGGGUAGCGCAGUGGCGGGCGUAGCUGCAACCCCCGACUCUUUGACACAAUCUGAUCACCAGGUGAUCCCUGGAAGCACAUUACCUGUGACGUCGUCAACGACAGCGGGGCGCUUUCAAAAUAUCGAAGAUGGAACAGAGCCAACUGCGAGUGCGUCGUCAGCACUCCGAGUGACGCUGAUUGGGCGCGAUAGCCUGCGGCCCGAAGGGAAGGGUCCCGGGCAGGGCGGCCCACCGGUGCGUACCGAAGUUGCGAACCGGGUGAAAGUGUUGCUUUUCAAGCAGCUGCAGAACGGUAUUCAUCCUGGAGGUGGGCACAAAUCUGCGGCAUCGCAUACUGAGCGCCUGGUCGUGAACGAGCCGGAAGCUCCCCACGGGUGUUUCUGUCGACGAAGUAGCAGUGCGCACCGCACCCCAAAGCCUGCAGUGUCGGCGCCAGCAAGCGCGUCCCAGGUCGACGACGAAUCAGCACCCAUUGCUGCCUGUGUUCUAUUCGGGACGGACCCACAGCAACCCUGGAAUCGUUCCGCCGUGCACCGCAUCAGGCUUUGCGUUCGCCAUCUUCGCGAGUGUCGCGGCUGUGAAACACCUGGUAUUCUCGGAGCGUCCGGAUCGGCGGGAGAAGUCGAACGACUCCGACUGCAGACUGCACAUUCCGGGAGUCUUCCGACGCAGGCAGACCCGCAUUCGAUCGCGGGGCUCCUGAAGGACACGCUCCGGCGAACGCGUCCUGCACUGUUGUCAUCAGAUGGCUACCAGUGCUUCCUCGAAAUGGCAAGGAAAAGCGGCCCGGGUACCUCCUGGGAUGAGGCCAUCAAUAUUUUCCGUCUCUGGCAACGUAUUAGUGCGAGUCAACCGCAUUCCUACUGUCGAGAUGUACUUGUAGAGAUUUUACUCCUGCUCAACGAGGUAAGUCGCCUCAACGACAUCAACAAGAUGACGAGUCGCAACCUGGCGGUGGUCAUGGCGCCCUGCCUUUGUGACUGGGACCCGCUCCGGCCGAAUGCGCUCGAGCAACUGCAUGUCAUGACGGAUAUGGUGCAGUAUCUGAUAGAACGCGCGAAAUUCGUCGCGGACAUGGAGGGUCACCCCGGUACUGGACACGAGCGCAUCAACCUCGCACCGGUCUCUUGCGCGUACCAUUCGAGCGCCGAGUCGCUCAACGCUGCGACCGUGAAACCGCCAUGCUACGCGUAA